AUGGAUUCGUUUAUGUUUAGCUUCAGCUACGGUGAACCUCAAACUCCGACGAGGACUCCUAACUUCGAUCCCUUCCAUACCCCCAAACUCGAAUCUAGCUUUUUCGAUCCUCGAGUCACUUGGGAUACCUCCGAUCCAUAUGCCUCCAGUCCGGAGCUACUCCGCACGCCGCAGAAGUUCGGUCUCGGCUCAUCGAAUUCAAAGGGAAUUAGUCAUGGCUCGGAGUCAGGUUACAAGGGGAGGACGUCGGACCAAACCGAUACGGCCAGACGAAUUCGACCCAUGAAGCCUCUUCCGAAUGAGGAUUAUCCCCGGCCAGUGGGCUCCGCCAAGUCAGCCGCCUCGAUGCAAACGCCUCCGCCGACAAGUGCCUCCAGAAGAAAAAUACCCGAGUUUGACCAGCCCGUUGGAACUACACAAGGAACAAUAUCAGGGAUGGGAGGACAUUUGGAAACACCUAGUCGUCUUCUGGGGGAGUCUCCCAGAAUGUUUGGAAACCUUCAAUCGUCACCCGACCUCUUCCAAUUGGCUUCGUUAGAUCCCGCGGGCUCCCCCUUCUUUCCACAGCAACGAUUGUUCUGGGAUCAAGAUCUAGACAAUACAAGUGAGAUCCCCUUGCCGAGCAAUGGAAACCAUUUUGAUGCUCGCCAACCGUCUUCAAACACACAUCAUAUCCCCCAAUUACCCACCAUUGAUGGUGCAAUUGAUCUUCCCGAUUUUGGUCACACCUUCGAUCUUUCCGCACCCGCCAAUGAUGCUGCCUUCUUUCCAGCCCCGUUCUCGACCUCACCCCGGCGCCCUAUAGCCAAGGCUGAAGAUCCAGCGCUGUUCUUAAGCUCCCCUGCUCGUCGAUUUGGCGGGCCCCAGCUCACACCCGAGACACGGUCCCUCCGUGGCCUGCGGCAACCGUACCAUCACCAAGCGGAGGAAUCAAAGCGAGAGGAACUCCUCCGUGCCCAGGCACCGAAUAGGCGGCGACCUAGUUCAUCUGCCAAUUUCCCAAGCGAGAGCGACGAAGAAGAUGACGACUAUACGCCUAGAGGCAUACGACCAGGCUUAACUCGGAGUGUAACACAUAUCGGUCUAUCAAGCUCGUUCAAUCGGUCAGUCAGUCAGGGGGGCCUGAUGGCAUCUACAAGCGGGAUUCGAAAGAGCCCAUCUAAAGGGCGAUCAUCUCCUGCCAAGACAAUGCGUCCGGCUCCCUUGCCUCGAGCGAACUCAAUUGCCACUGGACUGCCGACCCGCUCAUCAUCCGUAGUAUUACGCAUUGGCCGAGACGGUCGUGCAAAGGCUGAGAUGGAACCCCUCGACGAGACUCCGACUGGUCUGACCGAUCCUCUGACCGGUAUGGACCUAGAUGGCUCAGCAACUGAGAGCGAAGCGGACCCGGCUGAAUACUCAGACUACCCUGUCCUGCAUCGUGCACAGUCGUCAUUCUCGCUCUAUGAUGGGCCCCGGCCUCCGCUAUCCCGAAGUGACUCUGACUCCCGUCCUCCUUCAAAGGGUUCAUACGCUUCCACUGUUGGCUCGUCUCAAUCAGGACGGCUCUCACCGUGGGCCGGGUCUUCGAGAGGAGGGGGACGAACAACCUUCCGUGGGUCCCCUGAUAUAAAGCGCACGCCUAAACGGCAUUCCUCUUUACUCCACUCGGACUCAACCUACACCCGUGGAAGCGCAGCAUCAGACUCGCUGCCUGGGGAGGACGAUGACAGUGGUGAUGCCCAAUCCGCGCUCCGACAGGUUUUGAAAGAACGCGGUCGGGGUCCCAGGCCCUCUACUGGGUAUAACAACCGGCUUUCUCGAUCAUCUCAUACCUUCAAUCAUCUCCGAUCAUCACCCCCACGCUUUGGCUGCGAUUUUGACAUUCCUUCCCGACACAAUGCCUCUCCUACAACCCUAACUGAUCCCGACCUUGCCACGCCCAGCACUGAGCGUCACAGCAAUCCCAGCAAUGGGACACGAUGUGUCUGCCGCUCGAUGGACAACGGUGGCCAUCUCAUGAUUCAAUGUGAAUCAUGCACUCACUGGCUACACACCAGAUGCGUAGGAUUGGAGCGCUCACACCUCCCCUCCGUUUACGUUUGUGUCUUCUGUGCACAAACACCAUCGAAACAGAACCGUCCCCGAACCUCCUAUGUUCCUGGGCAAGCCCCUCCCUCUCCCUUGGCCCACAAGUCAUACCGUCUUCGGUAA